AUGCCGUUCGCACAGCUGGUGAUCGGCCCUCCUGGGUCCGGCAAGUCGACGUACUGCAAUGGAAUGCAGCAGUUCAUGUCUGCCAUCGGGCGCAAGUGCUCGAUCGUCAAUUUGGAUCCGGCCAACGACCAGACUUCGUAUACGCCGGCAGUGGACGUGCGGGAGCUCGUUACGCUGGAAGAGAUCAUGAAGGAAGACACCCUGGGCCCGAACGGAGCUGUCCUGUAUGCGCUGGAGGAGCUCGAGGAGAACUUCGAGUGGCUUGAGGAAGGACUACACAGCUUGGGAGGUAUGUUUCUCUUACAUCUACUAUGUAUGGCUCUUCUAACGGUUGGUUGGUUUGGCAGAUGA